UCAUUUCCCUUAAAUUUCCCCUUAAACAGCCUCAGAGUUACUGUCGAUCAGUUUAUUUCAGUGUUUCAUGUUGUUAUAUUCUCUAUGUUUCAGUACAUAAUUCAUUAUACAUAAUGACACAGAUUUGGCAGAGUGCUUGUAUAUGACAUAAGCCAAAAUGGAAAAAUAAGAUGACAUUUCUUUUUCUGUGCAAUCUAAUAAGAAAUCUGAUUUAAUGUACAUUAUGUCGUCUUAUUAACAUGUUGCUGUAAUUCAGGUUGAUGUACUUGAUAUCUAUGGGAUUUUUUUGGCCUUGAGUAGAUAAAGAAAGGAGUUUUGUUGGUUUAAACGGUGUCAACAACGUAAUGUAAGAAAAGAUGGAGAAUAAAACUCACUUGAACAACAGCUGACGGUGCUCUGCUGGCUGAUAGUAGUCUGUGCUUCAGAGAGGGUGGAGGUUACCUUUGGUGACUGCAGACAGUUUAUCAUUGUUAUCAUCUCUGUUGUGAGGAAUGAGUUCGGCCACAUUCAGGGAGGAAAAACAUUUACUCAGUUUCCGUGCUUCAGUACAAUUUUUAGGUACUUGUACUUUACUUUAUACUUCCACUUCACACUUUAUACAGAGAAAUAUUUUACUUUUAACUUCACUGCAUUUAUCUGACAGCUGUAGUUACUUCACAGAUUUUUACACUAAAAACACAUGAUACAUAAUUACAAUGCAUUGUUAAAAACUGAGCCAGUGGUUCCCAACUUUUUUAAAAAACAUAAAUAAAUAAAUGAAUAAACAAACAAUGUACAUGAACCUUUAGUUAACACUAGUGUAUUUAUUCUCUUGAGCACAGAAACAUAAUUGACAAAAAAUGUCUGAGUGUUUGCAAACGACCUCAUGAGCUGAUGCUGAUUAUCUCAGAAUUAUUAGUAUUUUUACUAUUUAGUGAUCAUGAGUAUAUCUGUUUAUUCUGUUUAUAUCACAGAUUACUUUUCUCUUUUCUUUUUUGCAGCGGCAGUAGUGGAUUUCCAUACCAGGAAGCAUGCCUGUUUCCAGUCGGAACUAUUUUGGUGACGCGCAGCCGGUGUACCAACACAGCUGCAUCCGGUUGAUCUGAAUUUCUGCUGCUCGAUGUGGUUUUCUUUCCCACUAAACUGCUUCAGAAAGUGGAUUCCGUGACGUUAGACACCCCGACAUGCCUGCGUCGUAGUAUUUUAAUGAAUAGUAAUUACAGUUUUACGAUAAAUAGCUUUAUAAAAGUAAGCUAGCAGCAAAGAAGUGGUGGAUGUAUGACAAGAAGUCAAACAUGGUGCCAUUAAAGAGAAGAAAGCUCGUCUCCUCUCAUAUUGGGAACACUGGGACUGACUGCAGUGGACCUGAAGUACCAAACAAGUUCCCACAGGUCGUUUUGUUCCUGCUGGAGAGGAAAAUGGGAGCCAGUCGAAGAGCUUUUCUCUCCCGGCUCGGUCAAAGCAAAGGAUUUCAAGUGGAGGAGAAGUUCAGUCGGAGUGUCUCGCACGUCAUCUCUGAGAAUAACUGUGGUGACGAGGUCAGGACGUGGCUGGACUCACAGGUCGGAGGCCAAACACCUGUUCACCUGCUGGACAUCAGCUGGUACACAGAGAGCAUGCGCGCAGGAUGUCCUGUUGAAAUCCUGGACAGACAUAAACUCCAGGAGCAGCGGACUGAUGAAGCAGAGGUCGCGGCGUUCUCCGCUCCCAGCUACGCCUGCCAGAGACGAACCACCCUGGUCGACCGCAACACCGUCCUCACUGAUGCUCUGUCGCUCCUGGCUGAAAACGCUGAGCUCAGCGAGGAGGACGGACGAGGCGUUGCGUUUCGACGGGCCGCCGCCGUGCUGAAGGCUCUCCCCGAAGCGGUGACGGACAUGACGCAGCUCAGAGGGCUGCCCUGCCUCGGAGAACAUUCGCUCAGAGUCAUCAAAGAUAUUUUGGCGAAUGGAGCAUCAAGUGAAGUUGAAUCUAUGAAGCAAUCUGAGCGCUACAAAGCUCUGAAGGUCUUAACGGGUAUUUUUGGAGUCGGGGCGAAAACAGCAGAUCGAUGGAUCAAAGCCGGGAUCCGCAACCUCCAGCAGCUGCAGGAUUCGGGACAAACACUCAAUCGAACACAGCGAGCAGGCCUCGAGCACUACGACGACCUCGGCCAGCCGGUCAUGAAGGCAGAGGCGAACGCCAUCGGUCAGAUAGUAGAGGAAGCCGUCGGGUCCGUGUUACCGGGCGCACGCGUGACUCUGAUUGGAGGAUUCAGGAGGGGGAAGCUGACAGGCCACGAUGUGGACUUCCUGAUAACACACCCAGAGGAGGGCAGAGAGGUGGGGCUGAUGCCUAAAGUGGUUUCCUGGUUGGAAUCACAGGGUUUCCUGUUGUACCAGAAAACCACAAGAAACUCUUACCUGGAGGCUAAAGACGGUCCAGCUCGGCCCUCCUCCAACAUGGACCGCUUCGAGAGGUGUUUGUCCAUCUUUAAACUGACCAAAGAGGAGAAAGGAGGGAGGAAACAGCCAGAGACACUAACAGAAGACUGCACGGAGAGCGUCAGAGCACCUGAUCCAGAUCCACGUGUUCAGAUCCUCCGAGGCGAAAGAGGCACACAUGAAGGUGGGCUGGAGGUGGAUCAGACAAAACCUGCAGGACGCAAACCGUGGAGGGCCGUGAGGGUGGACCUGGUGGUCUCUCCGAUCAGCCAGUUUGCUUUCGCUCUGCUGGGCUGGACAGGAUCCAAGCUAUUUGAGAGGGAGCUGCGACGCUGGGCGGCCCACGAGAAGACCAUGUCCCUGAGCAGCCACGCUCUGUACGACAACAAACAGAAAAGGUAUCUGAGAGCCACGUCAGAGGAGGAGAUAUUUGCCCAUCUCGGACUGGAGUACAUUCCUCCAUCAGAGAGAAACGCCUGACCACACCUGCUGAGUUGUAAUACUCGUUACGGCCACCAGAGGCUGAGUUGAGCCACAUGUGGCAGGAGUUUGCCUUCAGGACUUUCUGGCAGAAAGUCUUUCUCAUGUUGCUAAAGGGUCGAUUUUAACCCAAACCAGGAUCUUUUCCUGAAACUAACCAAGUAGUUUUGGUGCCUAAAUCUAAAUUUAAAGAUCAAAAUCAAAGUAAAAAUAGCAAAAAUAAUGAAAAUAAUCAGCUUUGACAUUUAGUUUCACACGGGACCCGGUCUCCUCUGUGAAAGUCCUGCGUUUGAACGAUUCAUCCUCUAUGACCCCCUCUGUGUGUGCUUUGUCUCUCUGUGUUUCUGUCUGUGGUGCACCCCAGCCUCUGGUGGCAGGAAUGAGUAUUACAACCAAAAACACUUCGAAAAUUGACCCGGACAAAAAAAAAUGUUCUUUCUUUCUGUUCAGUUAAUUUCAAAGAUGAAAAAAUUAUUGAUUCGUGAAAAAAACAAAAUUUCUUACCCACCCUUCAGGGCUUCCGUAGAUUUGUGCUCGACUGCUCGAGCGACACACCGGAUGAAGUUUUCAUUGGACGAAAUUUAAACUUUUUGUGCUGAGUGACCCAGUGCUGUGUUGCCAGAGCUGGAGCAGUUUAAUAGAAGAGUCCUGCAAUAAAUCCUCCAUCAUGAAGGUUAUAAUGUUCAGUUGAAGCUGUUUCAGAGUCGUUGAUUGAACUGUACUAUAUUGAACUGAACUAUAAUUUAGUUCAGCUCAACAGCACCAUAAACCUUCACUUUAGUCAAUAAGUCAAUAUUUUGCACCCUCUGUUGCAGCUGCAGCUCUUUUCACUGCACAAUCGACAUAUAUGUUCCAUAUUUUAAACUGUAAAUUUGUAUUUAUGAGCAUUUUUUUUCUCUUGCUUUGUAUUUUUUAACUGUGACGCACCAAAACACUAAACCACAAUCACUGCAUGUGAGAAUUCAUUUGGCAGUAAAACCUGUUUGUGGUUCUGAUUCUAAACUUUGAAAUGUUCAUUCAUCUGAAAUCAACAACAUCUUCAAUAAAAACAAAACCUUCAUAAAGGAUUUUUUCCAGGGCCGACUUGAAUUAGUUUCAGCCAGGUGUACCUGAUAAACUGGCAACUGAGUGUAGGUUCCCUCAGGUAGAGAUUCAAAACUGACAUAAGAAGUGCUGCAACCUGUCUAUAUUGAUUGAUUGAUUGAUUGAUUCCUUUAUUUCGAACAUGUAAAAAAACAAAGAAAGACAGAGCAAACAGACAAAAGUGAAUAAAGAAGAAAAGAAAAAAAAGAGAAAAAAAAUAAUUAA